GCUGUAUACGUCACCUACGAAGACACAUUAUUGCAUUUUCCACUGCCUAAAAUAGUAUUUACUUAACAAAAACGUCAAAACAAUUACGGGGUACAAUGUGAACGCAGGGAACCGACAACACGGAUGCCUUAUUGCUGAGGGAAGUUAAAUAAGACUGGAAUACAAGUUUUUAACAUUUUUUUAAAAGUUAAUGCCGGGGGUAGGGUUUGUUAGGACAUCAUUAUUGACUUCACAAACAGGGAAGUAAUUUGCUAAGUGGGUGGUAGUGUUUCAGCUUCGGACCGAAGCAGAAAUGAGAUUUUAGAAAUGAACUAGUCGUUUAAGCCACAGGGAAAAGCAAUCGCACAAGUACGGAACUCGUCACAACCGGAAUGGCAGUGUGCAGCUCAAAUAUCAACAACUGCUGCCUGAGUUUAUCAAACGAAAACAUCCUGUUUAGAGUGUGCAGUGCAAUAACAAGAAAACCGUAAUGGACACAGAAGGGUCCCCCCCAAAAAACUUGUCAUCUUUAACCCAUUCAAGGACUCUGUUCAUUGAUGAUGAAGGGUCCGCUUUAUGUUUCUACCUCCGACCCGGCGUUACUAAGCGCGUCUUAGCUCCUCUUAUUUUACGUGGUGGGGGUGUACUGUCAAGGAUACAGACACCUGGAUGUGUACUCAUGGCUAAUCCUGAGGAAGAAACUGAGCUACAUAAAAUGUCAGGUUAUGUCUCCACCAAGUACAUAUUUGACUGCAUUGAGAAAAACGAGAGACUGGAUAUGCAAGCAUACAAAAUAGGUCUAAAGAACGGGGUAAUGAAAGAAACAGAUUCAGACCUCCCAGUAAAGCAUGCAGAACAUGCAUGCCCUAUUGCUCAGAUAUGCUGUGCACACGAACUAAUAAAACAAAGGAGUAAACAUCCGAACGCUCGCCUAAAAUUCUCUAAAGCUGAAGAUGUUGCAGUUCUAAUCUAUGUGCGGGAUCACGAGAAUCCUGCCACUCCAGUGACAGGCAAUGCGAUUUGGAAGGAAAUGGAACGCAUUGGUUUAACUCGACAUUCCUGGCAAGCAAUGAAGGACCGGUACCGAAAGUACCUCUGUGGUCGAGAAGAUGAGUACCAGUUAGAUGCCCGUACUACCAUCCCCAUAGUUGUUUUACCAAACUGCAAGCAGUGUAGAAACAAGCUUGAAGAGCAGCAGCCACAGUCAGAAAACCCAGUCAGUAUUCAGUUUAGCAGUGGUUCUGAGAGUGGACGAACCAGAAAUACAUGUGGCACAGUUAAGAGAAAAGCUGAGGAAAUGACAGAGGCUAAUGAAGAUCUUUCCGAUAAGGGUGCCGCCACUGAAGAGAAUGAGAAACUAAAACCUGAUGAAGUUCGAAAGCUGCGCAUACUUUGGCUUGCCAACAAAGAAUUUGAGUCUGAAGGAGAAGAGUCCUGUGAGCUUCAGGCGAAAGUACCCAGUAAGGAAGACACUAGUUCUGAAACAGACCAGCCUCAGCCUGAACAGUCAAACAUGGAGGAAAGUUUACCAAAUGGUCAGCAGACAGAGUCAGGGGAUGUCCAGACGUCUGCAGAGGAGCUACUGGAGUGCAAGGAGGAGGAAAUGGUGGAUCUCAACGAAGAGCCAACUCCAAGGCCUAGAAGACUGUUGAGAAGGUUUGUUAUGAGUGAAGAUUCACUAAUAAAUGAAACACAGACCCAAGUAGAAGUGUCGUCAAGCCCUUCACCUUCAGAAAUUGAAGUCGGUGAUGUCAUUAAAGCUGUUCAGGACCUGAUGGAGGAUUUUGAAUUGAGUUUGCCUGUAGUAAUGCAGGCUCUUCUGAAGAACAGUGGAGAGCUGCAAGCUACUAGGCAUUUUCUGAGAUUUGGGGAGCGGCCUGAUGGCUUUCCUCUCUGGUCAGUACAAGAUGACAAGGAUUUAGAAACUAGUCAUGAAGGGGCUAAAGAAAGACUUGUUAAAAAGUAUGGUUCUGAUAAUAUUACAAAACGAAUAGCAUUCUUAAAGAGUUAGGCAAAGAAAAAUGUUCAGUUUUAUAUGUGCUGAUACUUUUAAUGUUUAUUCCAAGCUGUUUGAUGCAUGUUAUUUCCAUCUAUCAGGUAGGUGAUUCAUCUGGUACUCUGCAUGAUAAGCUAGAAGAUUAAAAUAUCACUGUAUCAAGUGUUGCUGCAUCGUAGGUUAAGUCAAAUAAUUUUUUAUGAAUUUUCAAAUUUGGUGCAUAAAGUAAUAAACUAUAAUUGUGCUUUUGAGUAGCACCUAUA